CUUAAAGUAAAAGGAACUAUCUGUGCCUUUUACACUACAUGUAAUUUGUUAAUAUUACUAACAACGUGCUAACAACUGUACACUCCAUGUUAUAAAAAAAAGAAACAGAAGAUUAUAAUAGUCUUUUUAAAGUUGUUGUUGUCGGUUGUGUUUAAAUUUAGAUUUUAGAGGGAAAAAAGUUUUUGCUUUUUAAAAUGUGAUACAAUUUUUUUAUUUUAAUAUUUUUAAAGAAAAUGGCAACAAUGACAGAUAACCAUCGUUAUUUAAUCCAAUUCAUGUUAAAAAAUGGUGUAACAACUGUAGACAAUGCACAGGAAUACUGCAAAUUUGUUAGCAAAGGAGAAAUUGAGGACAUUAAUAUGUUGGAGAGGCUGGUAGCAGAAAUAAAUGGGACAAUAUCGAAACAAUCGUUUAAAUUAAAAUUUUUCGUUUGUGAAGUGACAAAUCAAAAAGUGUUGGUGUGGUUGAACACAAAGAACGAUGAUAUAUCUAAAUUGCAAAUAAAAUUCUCACCAGUGGAAUUGGAAUAUUUUCAUGCUAUACUUCAAGAACUUAUCCAUAAUGAAGAACAUCGCUUAACAACCAUUGUUUGUAUUAAUAUAACUUCUACACUUACCUCACAUUUGACUAGAGAAAACGGUCAAAAAUUACUGAACAUAUUUUUAAAAAAUGGUUAUUUUGUUGUUAAAGGUGCAUAUAUCUAUCUUGGACCCAGACUUAUUUUAGAGUUUACCAUUUACCUCAAAACACACUGUCCAGAGUCAGUUUGUACUCUGUGUUCGGAAUUGGUUUUUUGUGGAAAUAUCUGCCAUUCCUGUCGCCAAACUGCACAUUCCCACUGCCUUACAAAAUAUUUAGAGAUGGAAAGUAAGUGUCCUAGUUGCCAGGCUACCUUAGAAAGAAUCAUGGAAGUAGAUGAAGUUGAUGAUUCGAGAACUACUCAAAAUUGCAGAGAAGAUGUUAAUGAAGAAGUUCCUAUGCAAAAACAAAAAAGAAGGCAACCUGUACCUACAAGAAAUAUUACGAGUGACGACAGUUCCUCUGAAGAAGACCCUAAUGAACCGGGUCCAAGUACAAGAGGUCCAAGUACAAGAAGACGUCGCAGAUAAAAUGUUUGAUAGAUUUAAGAUGAAAAUGUAUGCCUUAGUAUUGUAAACAAGUACCUGUUGUACAAAAAGUGAUGUAAAAUAGUUUUUUUUUUGUAUAUACUUUUUAACAAUAAUAAACCUGAUGUUUUAAAAAA